CCCAUGGCUAUGGUGAUGCAUCUCUCGCGUGAAGGCAGAAAACUUAUGCUGCGGAUGGGCAUGCGUCAACUCAGCACUGCCAGCACCACCAGCACAGCAUCCCAUUCAUCCUCCAGUCAGCAGAGCCCGCCACCCCGGCCCAGGCCGUCCCGCGCGUCGCAGCUGCUCGAGGGCAGGCGUGUGUUGGUGGUGCCUGACGAGGAGAAGGAGGUCUACAUCGCCAUGGAGAAGGGCGACGGCGAGCUGGAGAGGCUCAGAGACCGGCUGCUGAGGGAGAAGAGGGCUGCAGACGAGCUCGAGAAAGACAGGCGGAGGGAGCGAGCCGAGAGGAUUCUUCUCAGGGUGGCCGAGGCGGCCAAGCAGGAGGGAGAGGGAGAGGGGGAGGGGGCGAGGGAUCCGGUCGGCUCGCCGCAGCCUGGUGUGUUUGCGCAGCUGUCUGGUGAGGUGGUGAGGUACGGCAAGUAUGUGGAGCAGACGUCACACUUCCUCGCGAGCAGAUUUGCACUGACUGCGAGGUGAGUGAGGUGGGCGCCACACAACACAUACGCGCCGCCAGCCCGAGGCCAAGGGAACAGAUCAUGUUGUGUUGGCUGGUCCCUGGUUGUGUCAGGCCGUAUUACUAUCCGCCGGCGCCGGCCGAUGACAUCUCCAUCAAGCCAUACGAGGAGGGCAUGACGAUGGCGCACCACUACCCAAGCAAACUCAUACCGGUAGAUGUGUGCAUUCAUUCACACCCACUUCCCCACACCACCCACAUUGGUUGUGUGUGCGUCUCUCUCUCUCUCUCUCUGUGUGUGUGUGUGUGUGUGUGUGUGCGUGUGCGUGUUGCAGAAGUCUGUGAGCUACCGGUUCCCCUACUCUUUUCUCGUGCACAAUCUGCAGAGCCGCUUCAUGAGCGACAAACGCACCCAGCGCUUCAACAAGUUCCUGCUCGAGGAACGGCUGAGAGACAAGGUGGGGUGCACACACAGACACCGACAGAUGAACAGAUGGAUGGAUGGAUGGAUGGAUGGAUGGCGUGUGUGUGGUGGCAGGCGUCAUUGGUGUUUGUGCUGCGCGGGACGGCGACGAGCAGCAAGUUCGCGAGAUACGACUGGGUCAGCUUCCUCAAACACGCCGGCAUGGACACCGACGCGCUGACAAGGGACAGAAACAUACAGACGAUCAACGUACGCAUCGACGCACAUGCAUGUAUACGAGUCCACAUGUCGUGGAUGGAUCUCUGUUCGUCGUUUGUGUGUGCCUGCAGUUGUAUGUGUGGGACGUCAACCGUGCUGCGCGGAUGAUAAUGCAAUACCGAAUGCUCGCCAGCAUACAGCAAAACGUACACACGCACAUUAACAGACAGACAGGCAGACAGAGAGGGAAAGAUGCGACGUGCGCGUCGACAUUCAUCCAAUUCGUCAGUUCCGUGAGGAGAUUGAUUCGACGUUCGCUCACUUCGACAACCUGAAGUGGGACACGAUGAAGCGGCUUCACCUCUACAACAAACAGCUCAUCACGGUGCUGCUUGUCGACCCAGCGCUGCUCAUCAGGUAGGCCCGUACACACACAAAUGGUCACCUUCGGUGCAUCAUUGACGCAAGCACGGUGCGUGCAGAUGGCAUGCUGUUGGUCUGCCCACUGAGGAGGCAGCACAGACACUCAGGUGCGUGGGCAGACAGGCAAGCAAACAAGCAUCAAGAUCAACAACCCAGUUGUUUUUCUGGCCUAUAUGGUUUAUCUGACAGGGAAGCCCUGCGUGAGUUGAGCAUGGAGCGGUCGCACCGAGUUUUGCCGAAUGUCACCAUCGGCAGCAGCAGCAGCAGCAGCUGAUACGACGCGCGUGUGGAG